UAGUUUUGGAAUGUCCGCAGUUUCUUCAUUAAACAUCAUCUUGUUUUUUUCUUUCCGCUUGUUUGUUGUGUUUUCUUUUUAAAAAACUUAAAAGGUUAACAUCAUCUUGUUGCAAAGCUCGUUAAACAUGAGUUCUGAUGAGAGUAGGAUGACUGAGGAUUUGCAUGAUCAUUUGCCUGAUCAAGAGGAUCAGAAUCAUAAGCAGAAUGAUGAUCAGUUGAGCGAGGAUUCACUUUCUGAUCAUAUGUCUGAUGACGAAGAGGAUAGUUGGUAUCCGGAGGAAGAGGAUCAGAAUCAGCCUAAUGAGAAUUCGCCUGAGGAUCAGGAUCAGAAUCAGUGGAAUGAGAAUUUGCCCCAGGAACAGAAUCAGUGGAAUGAGUGGCAUUCUUAUUGGCAAUUUGAUGUCUUUGAACAUGUUUACCGUUGUUUCUCUGUCUCAUCUCUUGAAAGGCCAGAUCUUGAAAACGGUGAUAAAAUUAUCAUGCCACCUUCAGCUCUAGAUAGCCUUGCUCGUUUGGAAAUAGAAUAUCCAAUGUUAUUUGAACUUAGAAAUCCUUCUUCUGAAAGAACUACUCACUGUGGAGUCCUAGAAUUCACUGCUGAUGAGGGUAUCGUAUACUUACCAAAUUGGAUGAUGGAAGAUAUGCUCCUAGAGGAAGGAGGCAUUGUGUCUCUGAAAAGCACAAGUCUUGUGAAGGGAAAGUUUGUGAAACUCCAACCUCACUCCAAAGAUUUUUUGGAUAUCACUAAUCCAAAAGUCAUGUUAGAAAAAUCAUUGAGGAGUUACUCGUGUUUAACAACCGGCCGCACUAUAAUGAUUCCAUAUAACAACAAAAAGUACUACAUUGAUGUGGUUGAAACGAAACCUAGUCCAGCAAUUUCUAUAAUUGAAACAGAUUGUGAGGUUGAUUUUGCUCCACCUCUUGAUUACAAAGAACCUGAGAAGCCCUUGCCAUCUAAUUUGUCUGAUAAGGAACCUCUGCAAGUUGAAGAAGAGACAGCAACAAAGACUCCCGCGGUGAUUCCUUUUAGUGGUUCUGCAAGGCGUUUGGAUGGGAAACCGUCGACACAAUCAGUUGAGCAAACUUCGACUCCAAUACCCAAGCAACAACAAACUGAAAAUACCAUGAGUUCCAACAGAACUUCUGGAAAGCUUGUUUUUGGAUCAAAAGCUAAUGCACCUAAUGUUCAAACACAGCCAAAAGCUUCUCCGAAAAGUACAAGUCAAGAUUCAUCAUCUAAGAAGACAGACACCCCACAAUUCCAAGCUUUCUCAGGAAAGAAGUAUUCAUUAAGAGACUGAUCUUUGUAGGGUUGUUUAUUAGUUGUUUCUUGUUGCUAUUAGAGUUCAAGUUCAGAUGUUUACUCUUGCAUAUCCAUGUUUUUUCUUUUCAGUAUAUAACUAUUGCUAUGAAUUCAAAUCUUUUUUUGUAUUUACCUUGCCAUUA